UUUUUUUUUUUUUUUUUUUUUUUAAAUGAAAACAAAAACAGAAAAAGGAAGAGUUAGAAUUUGCUUUCUCUUUCUCGAUCCCUCUCUCUCAAAAUCGCUGUUCCUCUCUCACCCACCGCCACCGGCCGCCGCUCUCAAUCCCUCUCUCACUGCUCUCAAUCUCUCUCCCUCACCUCGCCGUAACGCCGUUCAAUCUUCCGCGCAGCCGCACCACUGCUCAGCUCACCGCGCCGCACCACACCGCACCGCACUCACUCUUUCUCUUCGUCUCGUUUCAGAAACAACUUUGUCUUUUAAAUAUUAUUGUAUCUAGAAAUUUGGUUGAUAAAAUUCCCUCCAAAAUUUUGCCUAGGCUCUCUAAUAUUACUGGAAUCGCCACUGGUUAAGCAAUUAAAAAUAGAAAUUCUGACUCGAAAUGCGUGCAUUCAAUACCUCAAAAGUAUAAAAAGUUAUUUUUUGAAUAUUUUUUUUUUGGUAUGCUUAACAAGUGCACCGAGUGCACUAUUUAGCAUGACCAUUUUAUACUUGAAUAAUUCAAUUCAUCUUCGUGUAUAUAUAUAUAUAGUCACAAUAUAAUGAUAUUGAAUAUCAGGAUUGAUCUUGUAGCUAUACAAAGAGACUCAAGGAACACAACCUCUUGAGUUUUGAGUCCAUAAAAGUGAUUAAGGGUUCGAUUACUGACCAAUUAACCGAUAAGCCACUAGAUUUGGUAAUUAUUUGAGUAGUAUGAUAGAGAUUAUGAAUUCGAUCUUCAAUUUCAUUAUACACAAAAAAAAUCAAUUGAAUUUUUUUUUUUUUUUACUUUAAAAAAAACUAUUUUUAAGUAUCCACAAAUUUGUCACAAAAUUUAGUCACCCCACCUUUUUUUUAAGUCACUCCACCUAAAUAGCGGUAAAAACUUCAACCACGAGAUCGAUCGAACUGUCAAGAUUGAGAGAAGGAGAGAGAUGGAGACAGUUGGGGAAGGAGAGAAUCCGGAUCCCAAUAUCUAAUGACUUUGUUAACCCUUUUUUUUCCUUAAAAAAAAACCCUUAUUCUUUUAACAGGACGCCACCACUCACUUCUACUUCAAGAAUUUGGUUUCUCCAAACUAUAAAACCUCAGAAAAUUCUACACACCCAUCGAGCGAGAGAGAAAUGACUCUUUCUCUGAGGUAUCGCCGUGUAAAAGAAAUCUCACGGUGGUUUCUACAACCACUUCUCUACUACUCAGGUCAUUGUUAUCAGCAAUAUGGUAAUGGUUUAAGCUCAGUGCCAUUUUCUCCUAAAUCAAUUGCUAAUGAGGGUUUAGUGAGAGGUUUUCAUCAACAUAGGUUCUCGACAUUGGCCGAUGUAUCAAAUAAACAUGCUCCUGAAGUUGAUUUUUUGUCUUUCUUAAAAUCUUCGUUGGAUGAACUUGAAGGACCCCAUCAUUACUGGUUAAACAGAUCUGUUAAAAAUAAACAAUUUUUUGGAAUUCAUAGCAUUCACGGCAUUCAUGGAACAUUUUUGGUUCUUGCUGCAAGAAACUUCGAAUGUGGCAUUAUAUUUCAAAAGUUGAAGGCAAUUCAGGAGAGGUUCCCUCAUAUUACUGUUAUGGGCAUUACAUUAACUGAUUCUUCCGAUCGUGGGAACCUAAUCCAGUUACUGAUGACUGAAAAUAUCACGUUCCCUAUUUUGUUGUCUCAGCGAACAUUCCCUCAGAUAGAGAAAGGUGAUUUCUACAUACUAUUUAAUAGUUUCAAGAGCCCAAUAAUUUGUCAUGAGAAGGAUGUCAGUCUUGAAAUUCUAUGUCAAGCUAUUCAGGGGUUACAGAAGCAACCAAGUGAGGAUUCUAAGUUGCUCAAUGUCUUGAGAUCUACAUCUUGGAAGCAGGAUCUUAUCACCAAGGAUCAAUAUAUUUGUUCUCCUCUACAGAAUUUACUUCUAAAUUACCCAGGUUGCGUCUCUGCAGAUGAAAGUCAUAACCGCCUCUUCAUUUCUGAUUGCAAUCAUCAUAGGAUUAUUGUAUGCGAUGACAAUGGGAAGAUUAUUAACUGUAUUGGCUCUUCCCCAGGAUUUGAGGACGGUGAUUUUGAAUCUGCUAAAUUAAGGCGUCCAGCUGGUUCUUAUUACCAUGCUACUGAAGAUUGCUUAUACUUUUUGGAUUCAGAGAACCAUGCUAUUAGGAGAGCGGACAUGGGAGCACGUUUAGUGGAAACUAUUUAUCCUAUAAGCACUGUUAACAAUGGAGGUGGUCGCAUAUGGAACUGGGUCAGGAGUAAGCUUGGUCUAGAAAGCCAUGUGGAGACCAUUGUAGAGGAAAAACCUGAAGUGCUCGAUUCUAAAUCAUUAUAUUUCCCAUGGCAUCUGUUGAAAUCAGAUGAUGACACUCUCUAUAUUAUAGAUCGCAGGUUUCAAACUUUAUGGACCAUGGAUUUCGGUUCAGGAAAAGUAGACGAAGUUUUUGAAGGUUCUCCUAGAAUUCUUAAGAUCUGUGGACAGCUAAUCGGACAAAAUUUAUCCAUAUUAGAUAAGAUUCCCUGUGACCAGUUUCAACAGAAAACUAAUAAUGUGUGUGUGCUGGAUGGCCUCCCACAUUCGGAUCUUUUAUCUUCAUCUACAACCUUUCAAAAUCACAUGUUCAUUUGCGAUAAGGAUCGACAGAGGAUUAUGAAGGUCAAUAUUGAAUCUGGCGUUUGUUUGGACUUCCAGUUAUCUAAUUUAGGGUCACUUGGUAUUCCUUAUUGGUUGACUUCCCCUGUGGAUAUAUUUUAUGCUGGUGGAAAUGGACUUUCAGAUACAGCAAUCAAUCAUCUGCAACAUUUUGAUUUGCUACCAGGCAAGAUUGACAUACAGUUGAGUGUGGAUGUUCCUGCUGAUAUUGAGCUUGUAGAGCCAUUGCAAGAAUCCUGUAUAUGGCGUCAAGCAAGAGGUGCAGCUACUGAAAUCUCUGGAAUGGAUGAUCCAAACUCCAUAGAUAAGGUUGGUGUUGCACAACAGUGGUACAAUGAAUUGGAUAUUGUCGCCACUCUAAAACCUGAACUUGAAAUUACUGAAGAUGAUAACCUGGAUAAAAAUAUAGUUGUGGAAGAUGAUAAAAUUCACAUUAAAAGUAGUGUCUUCACUAGCCCAGGAACAAGUGAGGUUGUUAUUUUUGCUGUACUGUAUUGUAAACUUAAAAAAAUUCCAAACUCAAAUGAUGGCAACCAGGAGAAAUAUGCAGCAAGGAUUCUUGAUUUUUUGAGCUCUAAGAGAUCUGGUAAAAAAGAGAGAGAUUCAUGGAAUGCAUUUCUAUUGCAAUCUAAAGGUGAUUUAAGAGACCUUAUUUUCACGAAACCGCUACACGUCAGAGUAAGAUUAAAUACUUUUGAACAUCCUAAGGCUGAAAAUAAUAGGGAUUUUAUCUUAACAGAUUCUUCAAUUAAGGUGAAUGUUUUGCUCAAUUGACAGUAGAUUUUAGGAACACGGCUUCAAAUUCUUUUUCUCAUGUUCCAAGUUUUAUUCAUUUAACUGUAUAAUCAAUUGGUAUUUUGCAACUUAUUGCUCCAUUAUUUCAAGAGUACUAGCUGAAACAUAUUUAUCUUCACAAAAGAUAUUUCAUUCAUUUUAAAAUUGAUUUUUUUGGUUUUGGAAUUUCAGUGCCAAUUUGGUUGUUUGUAUUCAAUGUCUUGUGAAAGAUGUGAAAUGGUCUCUUUGUAAUAUUUGGAGACUUUGUUUGUGACAAGGUGUAAUAUUUGGAGAUAUACUGAACCUUUGUACAUCCUAAAUAAAAUUCAAUAUCAAACCAUUUAUUUUUGAUA